AUGUCGUCGCCCUCCACACAGCCCGGUUCUGCCGAGGACAACCGGCCUCCUCCCAAGGACCUGAGCCACCUCUACUCGGACGUCUCUAAGGCCAGGAUCCCCAACCAGCUCAAGCAGCUCUACAAGUACUUCUUCAUUCCCGGUAUUGGACAGCUCGCUGGAGGCCUUCCACACUCUUCAUAUUUCCCUUUCGACACUCUCGAAGCACAGACCGCAGAGCCUCAGCGAUGGAAGCCUGUUCCGAACGAUCCGAUGCCCGGCAAAGACGGUCUGGAUGACUUCGAGGUUCUUCAGAGCCAGUUCUCACGCGCACACGUCUCGCCCAAGCCUGCCGCCAAGGAGGACGCUCCCGCCGCUGCUCAUCUGAUUGUGCCCCAUGACGAUUCAGUGACGGAUCCCUUCAAGAGGAUAGAUCUUGCCACUGCGCUUCAGUAUGGCCAGGCCACCGGCUAUCCGCCUCUCCUGUCCUUCGUCCGGCAGUUCGCGCGCGAGGUGCUCCACCCCAAUGUUCCAUACAAGGGCGGCCCCGAGGUCAUCCUUACGGUGGGCUCGACCGACGGCAAUAGCAAGGUCCUGGAGCUGUUUGUCAACAACUGGGUAGAGGGCAAGAACGACAUCCGUGACCGACCAGGCCUUGUGACCGAGACCUUCAUGUACUCUUCGGUCCUGUCUCAGGCCCGGCCUCGUGGUGUGAACGUUGUCGCCGUCGCCAUGGACGACGAGGGCAUGCUGCCUUACGGCCCAGGAGGCUUGGAGGAUGUCAUGUCGAACUGGGACUACUCCAAGGGCAGGCGGCCACACCUCAUGUACUCGGUGACGAUGGGUCACAACCCCACAGGCGGUGUACUGUCGGUUGCUAGAAGGAAGCAGCUCUAUGCCUUGGCUAGCAGAUUCGACAUCAUCAUCAUCGAGGAUGAUCCUUAUUGGUACCUGCAGUACCCCUCUGCCGAGGUCGCGGAAGCCACGGCUCGGCGCCGGCCGAUCCCGGAAUCCAAGCUGGUCAAUCCUUUCCAGAAGAAGUCCGGCUACGACUUUGUGGACUCCCUCGUGCCGUCGUAUCUCAGUGUCGAUACGGACGGGCGUGUCGUGCGCCUCGACACCUUCUCAAAGACAAUUGCACCAGGCUGCCGGUUGGGCUUCAUCACCGCGGCGCCGGCCAUCGUCGACAGAAUCCUCCGGAUCGCUGAGGCCUCGACCGCAGCGCCGUCGGGCUUCGUGCAGGUCUUCAUCGCCCAGGCACUCAUGGGCCGCCAGCCCGAAGCGACCACCAAAUCCUUCGCGGCCAAGUCCGCCAAGGAGCAACUGACCUUCUCCGGGUGGCGUACGGACGGCUGGGUGCGGUGGGUCGCCGGUCUGCGCGGCGAGUACGAGCGGCGGAUGAUGACAAUGGCCGGCAUUCUGGAAGACGGAUGCUGGCAGCUCAAGCAGUCGACCCCGACGCGAGACUCGGAAGCCGACUGGGGUGUCAUCACCAAGACGCAGCUCUACGACUUUGCCUGGCCACGGGGAGGCAUGUUCCUGUGGCUGCACAUGCGGUUCGAGACGCACCCGCUGUGGAAGGCGCCGCGCAAGUCGUCCAGCCCAGCCAGCCACGGCGGCGGCGGUAUCGCCCUCAUCGACGGCCCGACGCUGUCGACCGCGCUGAUGGUCUACCUCACGCACAAGCCGCACCUCGUCCUGGUCAGCCCGGGGGCCAUCUUCAGCGCGACGGACGAGAUCCGCGCCGAGACCGGCUGGGCCUACUACCGGCUGUGCUUUGCCGCCGAGAGCACGGAGAACAUUGAGCUCUGCUCGCGCCGCUUCGUCGAGGGCGUGCACCGGUUCUGGCGGAUCAAGAGCGUCCGCGAGCUCGAGGACCUGAUCAACGAAGCGAACAGCGACGCCGCUGUCGCUGCUGAGGGCGAGGGUCUGACUAAUUUGAGUGCCUGGAUGGGCUGCUAA